AUGGCGGCCGAGCUUGAGGGUUCGAAGUCCCUGAGUGGGCUGUUGAGUGGCCUGGCUCAGGACACUUUCUACGGGCACCCGGGCAUCACGGAGGAGCUGCUGCGGAGCCAGCUGUAUCCGGAAGUGUCACCUGAGGAGUUUCGCCCCUUUUUGGCGAAGAUGAAGGGGAUUCUUAAGUCUAUUGCAUCUGCAGACAUGGAUUUCAACCAGCUGGAGGCAUUCUUGACUGCUCAAACCAAAAAGCAAGGAGGGAUCACACCUGAGCAAGCUGCUGUCAUUUCCAAGUUCUGGAAGAGCCAUAAGACAAAAAUCCGAGAGAGCCUUAUGAACCAGAGCCGCUGGGACAGUGGGCUUCGGGGCUUGAGCUGGAGAGUUGAUGGCAAAUCGCAGUCAAGACACUCAGCUCAAAUACAUACUCCCGUUGCCAUCAUGGAGCUGGAAAUAGGGAAAAGUGGGCAGGAAUCUGAAUUUCUAUGUUUGGAAUUUGAUGAGCUCAAGGUCAAUCAAGUCCUGAAGAAGCUCUCAGAGGUAGAAGAAAGUAUCAGCACACUGAUGCAACCAGCCUAG